CGUUCGUAGCCAACGUUAGAGCGCUAGACAACAUCAGGCGAUCUAGGGAUAAAAUAUCCUUAUUUUUUGAUACAUUUAUUGCAGGCAGGAAUUGCAGUCGACACAGAAACUUAAACAGUCGAGCAGAGAGAUCAUGAACCCUGUCUACAGCCCUGCACCAACAGGGGUUCCUUAUGCCAACCCUAAAGGAAUAGGCUACCCAGCUGGGUUUCCUGUUGGCUAUGCAGCAGCUGCCCCUGCUUACUCUCCAAACAUGUACCCUGGAGCUAACCCAGCUUUCCCCACAGGUUAUGCACCAGGGACACCAUUCAAAAUGUCCUGCUCCCCGACAACAGGUGCUGUCCCCCCCUACUCCUCAUCACCUAACCCAUACCCUGCUGCUGUGUACCCUGUGAGGAGCUCCUAUCCUCAGCAAAAUCCAUAUGCUCAGCAGCAAGGCACUUACUACACACAACCAUUGUAUGCCGCCCCACCCCAUGUAAUUCAUCAUACUACAGUGGUUCAGCCCAAUGGCAUGCCAGCAGCGAUAUAUGCUCCACCUAUCCCACCUCCUCGUCCUAAUGGGGUUGCUAUGGGAAUGGUAGCAGGCACCACAAUGGCAAUGUCAGCUGGGACUUUAUUAACAACUCACUCCCCAACUCCAGUAGCUCCUCACCCUGUCACUGUGCCCACAUAUCGACCCCCUGGAACUCCUACUUACAGCUAUGUGCCCCCUCAGUGGUGAACAGAUGGCACUGUCAGAAAAUGGUAGAUAUGCAUUCGCACAGUCUAGUAUUUUACAGUUACAGUUGGGGCUGAUGCCACAUGUGUUUCCAGCCAGUUGUUCUUCCUUCCAAGCAUAAUGUGAAUCUGAAGAGAGUUGGCAGAAGAAAGUAAGCUUUGGAAUGAGAACAAGAACCUUUCCAUUCCGACUAUAUUUGUUACCAUUACUUAUGUGUUCUACAGCAUAUCUCACAUCAGAAGACUAGCUCUUCACGCAGACUUGUGUUUUGUUGACUGUCUUGCAGUUUUUUUAGAGCAUUGAAGCAUAGAAGUGAAAAGAAAAGGCAUUUGGAAUGAAUUUGUAUUUAGAACCCAUAUUGAAUUGAAUGCAUGUAUAUAUUGAAAAUAACAAUGCUAGCUGAAUCUACCUGCUGUGGUCAAUACAAAAUCAUAAAAAGGUUAUCAGAAGCAAAAUCCAAAGGAUUAUGGUUUAAAAAAACAGCAACUUGACAUCUCAAAUGCAGUGUCUAUUGAUGCUUCAUAGAAAAUAUAAUUUGCAUUUUUCAUUUUUAAAAAGUUUCAUUUUCUUUGGUUUUAACUAGGAUUUACAUUUUGGUAAGUAUACCUGAUGUGUUUUUAUCUGUGUAACACACAUGGUGUUGCGCUUCUGCCACUACGUAUUUGAAGGAGGGUUGGAUAUUUUUUGAUUUAGCACCUCAAAAGACAUAUCCAUUUCCCUUCUGAUUGGUUCAUCAUUCCUCAUGCUCUCACUGGAGAUAAUUGAUGCACAUAUUUGACUGUGUAUAUAGAUUGGUUGGCCGAGCUGCCGAAUAACCCCUUGUACUGGUGCUGAGAGCAUGCCUACUUAUUUGUCUUUUUUAAGUUUUAUGUUGGAGGUCUGACUGAAAGAGUGACAGUGGAAUCAUUGCUGACAUUUUGAAAUGGAAAACUGCUAAAUGUAAAAUUGAUUUAUGUUGUCAAUUUAUAAUGCAAACAUUUGAUAACACUACUGAGGACAUAGUAACUUAUUUGAGCCAUUUGGUUAAGAAUGAGGGGAAAAAAACCAAACAAACUUGUAUUGCUUGUUACCUCAAGGUUGCACCAUCACUGACUGAACUUCAUUGUCUUUUUACUUAUUCAUAUAUACUGCCUAUGUCACCUCAGUUAAAUAAUGUUUUGUAAUGUUUUGGAGUUUUGUUUUGUAUUUUCAAAAAAGACCAAAAAUAAACAUAAUAAUGAA